CAUAUAAAGGCAUGAAUGAAGUUGAAGAACUCAUUAGUUGCUUCUCACAGUCAACUCUCAGGUUGGCUUGAGAGCAGAAAGAGAUUUCCUGUCCCGCAGCCAAAUCCAGCUUCCAAAAUGAUCCAAGCUGUCUUGGUUACUAUAUGCUUAGUGGUUUUUCCAUAUCAGGGGAGCUCUACAAUCCUGGAAUCUGGGAAAGUUAAAGAUUAUGAAGUAGUGUAUCCACAAAAAAUUCCCUCAUUGCCCAAAGAAAGACUUCAGAAGCGUGAGGAAAAGACCAAAUAUGAAGAUACCGUGAAAUAUGAAUUUAAAGUGAAUGGAGAGCCAGUGGUCCUUAACCUAGAAAAAAAUAAACGACUUUUUUCAAAAGAUUAUACAGAGACUCAUUAUUCCCCUGAUGGCAGAGAAAUUACAACAAGCCCUCCAGUUCAGGACCACUGCUAUUAUCAUGGACACAUCCAGAAUGAUGCUGACUCAAGUGCAGUCAUCAGGGCUUGUGACGGCUUGAAUGGGUAUUUCAAGAAUAACGGUGAGAUGUACAUUAUUGAACCCUUGAAGCUUUCUGACAGUGAAGCACACGCAGUCUUCAAAUAUGAAAGUCUGGAAAAAGAGGAUGAGACCCCCAAAACCUGUGGAGCAAUCCAUAAUUCUGGGGAAUCAGAUGAGCCUAUCAAAAAUACCUCAAAGUUAUUCAUUACUCCAGAAAAAGGAGAAGAAUAUUUGGAGGCUGAAAAAUAUAUUGAACUUUACAUAGUUGCAGACAAUUUAGUUUACAGGAAGUACAGCGGCAACAUCACUGAUGUAAGGAUGAGAAUAUUUGAAAUUCUCAACUGUGUAAAUAUGUAUUACAAAGUUUUCAAUAUUCAUGUGAUAUUGAUUGGCUUGGAAGUUUGGUCUGAUGAAGAUAAGAUUCUGAUCAAUGGAUCAUCAGAACCCACUGUGAAAUCCUUUGCAGUAUGGAGACAGUCAGAUCUACUGAAGCGCAAAAGGAAUGAUAAUGCUCAGUUACUCACGGGUAUUCACUUCGAUAAGGGAGUCUUAGGAGUAGCUUUCGUAGGCGGCAUGUGCAAUGAUUUAACAUCUGUAGGAGUUAUUCAGGAUAACAGCAUCCAGGCAAUUUUAAUUGCAGCUAUAAUGACCCACGAGUUGGGUCAUAAUCUUGGUAUGGAUCAUGAUGCAGAUUCCUGUACUUGCAACACAGGACCAUGCAUUAUGGAAGCCUCAAUAAAUUUUAACCCUCCUUGGGAGUUCAGCUCUUGCAGUUUACGGGAUUAUCAGAAUUAUAUCAUGACUGAAACUGCACAAUGCAUUCUCAAUGACCCCUUGACCACAGAUAUUGUUCCAAUUGCAAUUUGUGGAAAUGGUUUUGUGGAAGAGGGAGAAGAAUGUGACUGUGGCCUUCCAGAGAUAUGUAAAAAUGAGUGCUGUGAAGCUGCAACUUGUAAACUGAAACCUGAGGCAGAGUGUGCAAGUGGAGCAUGUUGUGAGAAAUGCCAGUUUAGGAGAGCUGGAGAACUAUGCCGGGCAGCAAAGGAUGACUGUGACUUUGAUGAACUCUGCACUGGCCAAUCUGCCGAGUGUCCCAUGAAUCUCUUCCAUAUGGAUGGACACCCAUGCCAAAACAACCAAGGUUACUGCUUCAGGGGGACAUGUCCCACCUUAAAAAAGCAAUGCAUUGCUCUCUGGGGGCCAGAUGCAGAAGUGGCUCCAUAUGGUUGUUUCAUGAAUAACCAGAAAGGGAAAGAUUAUGGCUACUGCAAAAAGGAAAACGGUACAAACAUUCCAUGUGAACCAGAGGAUGUUAAAUGUGGCAGGUUAUACUGCAUAGAUGAUUCAACUGAAGAGAAAUCAUGCAAAUUUUACUUUUCAAACGAAAAUGCCAAUUUGGGAAUGGUUGAACCUGGAACAAAGUGUGGAGAAGGAAUGGUCUGUGGCUCCGGGCAGUGUAUUAACCUAGAAACAGCGUUUGGAGCAACCAGUAACUUCACUCAAAUGUGAUUUUGGAGAUCCACUUUCCAGAAAGCUUGACUUCCCUCAAAAGACCCAUCUCUGUUCAUCAUACUAGUAAAUCUUUCUUAACUUCUAGAUGGCAUCUAAAAUCUGCAAUUUUUCUUCUCCAUGUUUAAUCUGAUUACUUUUUGCUGUAAUUAAACCCUUUCCCAGCCACAAGGCUCCAUGAGCAUGUACAACACCAAAGAUAUAUGUGCUGUCAAGAAAAAAAUAUUGGCCAUUUUACUUUUGCCAAUUGCAAAACACAUUUUAAUGCAAAAAGUUUUACUUUUGGAGCUGGCAUCUUCAAAGGCAAUGAAUUCUGUUCAAAAAUUUUCUUCCUGACAAUCAAAGAUGUAGCUGCUUCUAUCAAUAAACAAAUCUAAUUCUGCAUUUA